AUGGCGGCCGGGGGGGGGGGACGCGCUGCCUCGAUCCCGCGGCGCUGCCCGACCGACCCCCCGACCCACCCACCCCCGACCCCCGUGCGGAACGGCCCCGGGAGCCGCGGCCGCCUGGCGCGAUGCGGUGACCGAGGGGCUCCCCCGCCGUCCAUAGGAAGAUGUCGGCCCGGCCGCCCCGGAAGUGGUCGUGGGAGGCGCCAACAUGGCGUGGCGGUGCUGGGCCCGCGCCGGGGCCCCGCGACCGCACAGCCGCGGCGUGGUUUCCGCCGGGCGCGGCCGCGGCCCGAGGAGCCCCCGGCGGCCGCGACCGAGGCGCCGCCCGCCCCGGCGCCCCCGCGCCGCAGCCUCUGCCCGCCGUCGCCCACCGCCGCCGCCGGCCGCCCUCGCCGCGCCGCCUGGUCAGCCGCUCCUCUUCGCUUCGGGGUAAGUGUUACAGGCUCGGCCUUCGGGUCCGCUGCCAUCUGGCAGUAUGAGUCGCUCAAGUCGCGGGUCCAGACCUACUUCGAGAACUCGGCAGACUGGAUGGAUAAAAUCGGACCGCAGAAGAGAGGCGACUUCAGAAAGCAGGUUAACAGCUGGUGGAAUAGCCUGACUGAGGGUCAGCGGACUGUGACAGGUAUUAUAGCUGCAAAUGCCUUUGUAUUCUGUUUGUGGAGGCUGCCUGUGCUGCGACGAUUAUGUUUUACAUAUUUCACCUCAAAUCCACAUCCUCCAGUAAAAGCCCUGUGUUCUCCCAUGCUGCUCUCCACGUUAGGUCACUUCUCUCUGUUCCACAUGGCAGCAAAUAUGUAUGUUUUAUGGAGUUUUUCCAGCAGCAUUGUCUCUCUUCUGGGAUGCGAGCAGUUCAUUGCAGUAUAUCUUUCUGCGGGUAAGAUAUAAAAUUUUGUCAGUUAUGUUGAAAUGGCCACUGGAAGGUUUGAACCAUCCCUUGGAGCUUCAGGAGCUAUAAUGACUGUCCUUGCAGCCAUAUGUACAAAGAUGCCGCGAAGCAAAAACUGGCCAUCAUACUUCUUCCGAAUGUUCACAUUUACAGCAGGAAGCGCUUUAAAAGCCAUAAUUGCAUUUGACACUGCAGGACUUGCUUUAGGCUGGAGAUUGUUUGACCAUGCGGCACACCUUGGGGGAGCUCUCUUUGGAAUGUGGUACGUGACUUAUGGCCAUGAGCUCAUAUGGAAGAACAGAGAACCUGUGAAAGCUUGGCAUGAAUUGAGGACAAAGAACGCAGGAAAGGGAGGAGGUGGAAGAUCUAGCUGAUUGUAAUACUAGAGAUUCCUUGUGCCCAAGUGGUAUAUUACUUGAAGAUGUGGGACUGAAUUGCUUUUGAAGGGUUUUUUUGCUACUCCACAUUAAGCCUCUGAGAAGCUGAAGUUUCCAAUGUAACAAAAUUAUGUUACAAAAAUGCAUAUCCAUAGAAAAUGAACUCUGACGAAGGUGGAACAAUAAAGGUUUUUAUCCUAUUGCUUUCUGAGG